GUGUGUGUGUGUGUGUGUGUGUGAGGGAUCAGGGGUAUGAGCUGGGAAUAAUAGCGAGCUUCGUGGCGGCGGAGCCAGAAGUGUCCUGAUAUUAGCAUGCCGGUCUGGUCAGUGUGGCCCUGCUGCCUUUCUGCUUUAACACAGUCAGACUUUAGGCCCUGCUGUUGGCUGGCACUGAACUGAACCCUUCAGGAGAUACAUCAACAAAAACUCAUCAACAGAAAAUCUGAGAAAAUGCCUGCAUUCAUAAGGAAGACAUGUUUGCUUUUAAAGCAAUGGUUAGAAGGAAGAGAUCAGCUGCCUUCUUAAACUCUGGUUUUUAUAAAUCUUCAGCUUUGGAAGCAGACUUGGCAGAUUUCUUCACAUCUCCCCGUCUUUGGCGGUAUCCCGGUUACCACAGUGGCUUGCUAACUGUCAAAGGGAAAAAGUCUUUCUCGCGAACAAAAGAAACACUUGAACCCUCCACAUCCCUCGGUCCUCAGCAUUCCUGACCAGAGCAGAAGGAUCCUUGUUCUCACAACAACAACAUCAACAACAACAACGGAGGAUCAGAAAAAUCACAGAUCACCUUAAAGAUGCUGAAUCUCAACUCACAGGACGACAACAGGAACUCUCUGCAGGACCCUGUGUCUCUGAACGUCGGUGGAGAAAUUUACACCACAACUCUGGGCACUCUGACACACUGUCGGGACUCGAUGUUAGGAGCCAUGUUCACCGGACAAAUCCCUGUGCUAAGAGACAGCAGAGGAAAUGUUUUCAUAGACCGUGAUGGGAAAGUGUUCAGGUAUAUCCUGAAUUACCUGCGCUCCAACUCCCUGGACCUGCCGGACGGCUUUUCAGAGCUGUCGCUGCUACGGAGAGAAGCGGAUUUCUUCCAGAUACGCCCCCUGCUGGAGGAGAUUAACCAGUACGAGGUAAAAAUGCCUCUGAGCCUCAGGGGAGGGCCGCUAGGAGCCAUAAUCAUGGUGAAGGUUGACUCAAAGGUCCGAGUUCUCCACUUUAACUUGCGUCAUGGACCAGAAAACUAUGAGCUGCGCACAUGCUCGGUGCGAGCCUUCACAGUAGACCUCUUUUGCACUUGGACAGCUUUCCUGGCUCUGCUAUGUGAGCACUUCUCCUACAGAACAUCCCAGGGACUCACAAGCCCCCAUCCAUGCAACCCGAGGCAGAACAGGCUGAAGCUGGAGUGGGUGCCAAGGCCUGAAGACCUCCCCCAGGAACAGUAUGACAAGCAGCGCUACCGAGGGCUUACUGUCUCCAACCCCGCCGAGGUCAACCAGUCAGAUGACAUCAUCAACAGGCACUGGAGCCCGUGUGAAAUCCCAGACAUGCAGGGGUUUGUGGAGGAGCUGCUGAAGGUGUCUCUGGCUGAAGGAUUCAAGAUUGACCUGGUGACUCCUGAUCCAGCAGAAGUUCUUCACUGCACCUCACUCCGCCUGGUCAAGUGCUAAACUCUACGAGAUGUUAGUCUCUGUAGCUAGUGUUGUAGUACUCGAAAUCGGUCUUGGUCUUAAGACCACUUUUUAAUGGUCUCGGACUCGUCUUGCUAUCGAAAGCAUUUGUACUUGGUCUUGUCUCGGACUGGGUGGACUCUGGAUUUUAAAUAAAGACCGGCCAAGACCACCACUGAUAGGCUAUUUUUCCAGGUCAUUACUGUGAUAAGAACGAAACGCUUCUCUUUAAAAGAACGAAUAACUUUAAUUAAUUCAUAGUUUGAUUUUUAUUCCCGGUUACGGCCGCAACCUUCCCGGUAUUGCGGUCUAAGUGAGUGACACGCCCCCUGCACACAAGAUGAUGAUUUUUCAU